UUCUACUAGUAGUAUUAGUAAUAGUACUAAUACUAAUAGUAAUUUGUAUUACUAUUAGUACAUAAUUUCUUCAGUUCUACAGGAUCUUCUAAUAAGAAAUUUGCUCACACAGCUUAGAUGAUAUGAUAUCUGAUUGUGAAAUUCCCUGGAGGGUCCACUUAGUUUAGAAAUGAUUAAACUUGAAGUGACCUUCCAAAGGUUAAAGUUUUGCACACACUUAAUAAUACCUGUUUCCUGACCAUGAGUGCCCUCGUGGGAAUUUCACCAGCAGGCAUCACACUAGAGGCAAAUGAGCUGCACUUUCACAUAAUCGUAGUAAAUUAAAGUUAAUGAUUAAAGUUGUAUUCCAUGUACCUCGUGACUGCGGUACAUGAAUGCACUUAAAAGUUGUAGUUUAUGGGUGCCUUGGUUUGCCAUGUUAGAGUGUGAUGGUUAGUUAUGUGAGUGAAACCAACUAGUAGGUGAUAUACAAGAAAUUAAAUAUAACCAGUUGCACAUUGUCUAGAAAACAGUUUUUGGAAAAUGUCAAAUUUCUCUUCAUUUCAUAUUGUAAAGGGUAGGGGAUUUUGAGAAUUCUCUAGAUCCAUGUAAGGUGUUGGUAUCAAGUCAAAUUUCAUUUGCAAAUUAGGAAUAUGUCUGAACAAGAAAUCUUGAAAGCUUGAAAUAUUUUCUAUGUGGCUAAAUACCCAGUCACACAUUUUGAAAGAGAGGAAAUUUUGUAAAGGACAAUAUUCAUACUACUUGAUUGUUAGAGGGUCGGGAAUCCUUUUUGGGUAUGGGAUCACAACAAUUUUUAAAUAAUGGUGUAGAGGAGACACCAAAAUAUUGUUAUUGAAUUUAUAAAAGACAUUCUGUAAGGCAGGUAUACUCUGCUGCACAUUGAACUUGAAGAAACUUUUGAGAAAACCAUCAUGUUUUUGUCUCUUCUUUACGAUGGAGAUGGGUCUUCUUUUAGAUUCCGUGGCUUCCUGUGGGUAAGGAAUCACUCCAAUUCUUAUAUGAUGGUGUAGAAGCACCACUGAAAUAUUGUUGAUGAAAUAUUAAAAUAUAUUGUAUUAGGCAAAGCUAAGUUAUAGACUCAGCCGCAAAUCAACUUGAACAAACCUUUAGAAAACAGUGCUUUUUUCCUCUUCUAUACAAUGGAGAGGAGAGUUUAAGAGACCUAGCCACACAUUCGAUUUUGCCAAACAACUUGCACCAUGUAACCUAUUUCUAUAUUUUUCUAUAAAAUUUUAAAACUGCCCGUUCCUUUUUCCAGUAGGAAAUUCUACUGUAAAAGAAAUCUUCAAAGCUCUUGAAACUUUGACUUUUUUAAUGUGCAGCUCACUUUACUGUGGUAAGCACCACCUAAGCUCAGUGUUAAAAUUUGGAGCUCAUUUGUUCUGCCAAGAGCAGUGAAAAUUUUGUAGGAGGCAUUUUUUAAAAAUAGUCUUCAAUAUGGCGGAGUACUUAAAUAUAGAUGGUUUUAAAAUGUAAGAUUUUCAGACUUUCAUAAAUAGCUUAAUGGCUGAGAGAAACGUUUAGUGAGAUAUUUUUACCUUGUGAGUCUAUAAUUUAUGGGAUUUCAUAAUCCCAAUAAUAUCUCACAAGCUUUGGCCAGCUUAGGGAAUUUAGCAUGUUUUCUGAUGAGAAAACUCAACCAUCCCUGCUAUCUAGCAUCAGAGGUAUGGAAACACUGCCCCAGAAGACACCCAUUAGCCUGCUUCAGGAGCUCUGUGCUCAUCAUGGACUGACUGCAGAUUACAAAAUGAUGUCUGUUGAAGGAUUAGUCCAUGCACCUACAUUCAUGUUCAGAGUGGAAGUGGAUAAUGAAUUUGCCACAGCCACUGGCCAAAGUAAAAAGAAAGCCAAGCAUGCUGCAGCACAAGCUAUUCUUGAGAAAUUACUUGAAAGAAAUGGGUUAUUUAGUUCAAGUGUUAAUGUACCAGAUAAUUUGUCUGUGAAAAGUGUACUGAAAUCAUCAGAGGACACGAAUUGUGAAAAGGCUGUAUCUCCAAGUAGUGAUGGAAUAACUGGAAAUCCUGUUGGAACACUGCAGGAACUCUGUAUGAAAAGACACUGGGAACCUCCUUUAUAUGAAACUGUCCAGGAAGAAGGACUCCCUCAUGAACGAACCUUUGGAGUCCAAUGCCAGGUGAAAGUACGAGAUCAAAAUGUUACAGAAGAUAAGGAAAUAAAAGAAAUAGGUAUAGGAAAAUCUAAACGAUUAGCUAAGCGCCAAGCUGCUUUCAGAAUCUUACAGAUAUUAGAAGGUGUGGAGGUUGCUGAACAAGAACUACCCGUGAAGCCAAUUCUGAUACAGAACCAUUUUAAGCAAAAGUCAAAGAAAUUACACUUGCCAACACCUGACUACAGUCAAAAUGUGCUAAAGUUCAUCCAAGGUCUUCAGUCUUCAGAUGGAGAGAUAUUGUACUCAUUACAUAUGACUGACUUGAAUAAACCCACCACUGAUUUCAUUGGUCUUUUACAAGAUAUUGCUGAUGAACAAAACUUUGAGACUAAUUACUGGAUGCUCGAAGAAAAAAGUUUUGAUGACAAUUAUCAGUGUCUAGUUCAUCUUGGAUCCCUUCCAGCAGCAGUUUGUUUUGGAGUUGGGAAAUCCUCAGAUGAAGCCAAAGAAAAUGCAGCCAGAAAUGCUCUUCAGUAUUUACGAAUCAUGACAAGAAAGUGACUCCAAGUCAGCCAGUAUUGGUGCCUCAAACGACAAAAUGUUGGCAACAUGAAAGCUGGAUGAACAGCCAUCAUUGUAUUCUGUUUUUUGCAGAAAGAGCACCAGCAUUUUGAAGUUUGAGGGACUGACAAAUGGAUUUGAAUUUCACCUUUUACUGGCUGAAGUAUACUGUCUAGGUUAUUGAGCCACCAUAAGGGUUGGCUUUUCCUUCUUCUGCUCUCACUACUUGUUGUUUUUUUUUUAAUUUUUUAUUCAAAGACAGCAAAAUCAGUGACAUUCAGUAAUAUGUCAUCAUGUGAAUUUCUAAUUAGUUCUUGCAAAUUUGUGAGAAAUAUUUGGAACUUUUUGCUGUGGCACUUAUUCUGCAUCUGUUUCUGAGUGUUUUGUGGAGUGAGAACAGAGGAGGGAAAAGCCAGUAUGUGCUAAUCACAUUAGAAUGCUGUCAAAAGUCUUUCAUGAAUUACAGGAACCUUUGUUUAUGAAUGUGUUGAUCACCUUGGCAACCAGUGAGUGCUAUGCUAGUACAAACAACUGUACUAUGAACUUUAAAGAUUGUAGAAGAUCACUUUAACGACCAGUUCUAUAACAAUAACAAUGUAUGCAUCAGCAAAAUUAUUGGCCCCCCUCCUACUUCCUCACACACAUAUUUUAGUCCCAAAUCCCACCCAUAGAUUUGUGUUAUUUAUAAUGAAUGAAAAAUAUCACAUACACAAAAUUAAUUUAUAUCUCCAGAUAUUUCUUUAAGUAAUAGAAAGUAUUAUUUUUAUAACCAGGGCAAAAAGAAAUAAAAAUAAAGAGAAAAGUAGAGAUCCAAAAUGUAGAAAGAUUAUUUAUUCAUUUUCUGGGAUACUUUAUUUUUGUAUUCCUGGAUGGAAAGGAGAUCUGUAAUGGGUAAAAUGUUUAAGAUAGCUCUAAAGAUUUUUUUUUUAUUCCACACAAAAACAGAGGAGCCCUUUUCGUCAGUAUGGCUUUCACAAUUUCUAUCCCCUCUCUAGCCCAUUAGUGAACAGUCAUUUUAAGGUCCUGAUUUUAACAGCUCUGGAACUAAAGGAAAGUAUAUUCUCGAUGGUAGCAAACAGUAUUGAUCAAUUAGAUUUCUUGUUACUAAUUUGUAAGUGGAAGUAACUGACCCAAAUCAAUAGGAAGUGUCAGGAAUUAGCCUUCCAGAGAUCUCAAAAGGUAUUGAUCAAUUAGAUUUCUUGUUACUAAUUUGUAAGUGGAAGUAACUGACCCAAAUCAAUAGGAAGUGUCAGGAAUUAGCCUUCCAGAGAUCUCAAAAUAUCUGGAUGACUCUCCAUUAUCAAUUCAUUUGGAUCAGCCCUUUUUAAAAAUCCUGGAUCUGCCUCUGCUGUCAGUGGUGAGAAACAUCGUAAUAGCUAUGCUGUUAAAUGUAAUUAUUUCAGAAGAAAAUUGUAAUGCUCCAGGUCAUUACAUUAGUAUCAAUGAAUAAAAAUUUAUGAACAAGCUGUGUUACCAAGGUGAGGCAGUGCAUCUUUAACAUACUGUUUCUCUUGACUGGUUUUUGGCAUAUCUGUUUAUGGGUUGUUAGCUACUUUAUGCAGUAGUUUGAUUGUUAAAAACAUUCAAGUAAUAGAAUUUCCAACUGUUUAUUGAGUGGUAUGGAAAUUUCAUAAUGACUAUAAAGUUUAAACAAAUCAUUUUUUUUUAUAACUCAUGCAAUUAAAAGUCUUUUUGUUGUGUGUUACUAUAUAAUCAUUGGGUACAUUUUUGCAAGGUAACUUGCAUUAUAAAAGUAAUUGUAGUUCUUUAGCUAGAAAAGUAUAUACAGUAUAUUAAAUAAUUAACUCUCUUUAUGAUCAUACUUUAGGAUAAAUAAUUUUUGUGAUUAUUUACUUGGUAGAUUCUGAAAUAAUUAUGUAACUUCUAAAUUUUAUAGCACUUCGUUGUUUCUCAUCAUUUUCAUGUUAAUAUGUUAUAUUUUGGUUUCUAAAAAUUAGCUCAAUUUUGUAUUGAUUCAAAUUAUUAACCUUAUCUAAGGAAACAUAAAAAGUGUAAAUACCAAUAAAAAUAUUUUAUGCAUUAAUAACUGUGUAUAGGUAAAACAAAUAACACUGUGUGUAUUGGGUAAAUUAUGGCUAAGUCCAGAAAAAUAAUUAAAUUUACAGAUUAUUUUAAAAUGCACUUUUAAAGAACAUUAGUGGAUAGCAUAUUCUUUGUUCAUUGUACAUCAUAUAACAGUCUUGUCUAACAAGUUAUUUAGUAAAUAAAUUAUCCUUUUGUGAUAAACAUAAUGUGUCAUUUCGAUUGUUCAUGACAUUCACUCUUGAAAUCAAAAACA